AUGAUGCGUAAGUCGCGUUCCCCAAGCCGACUUAAUUACCCCGGUACUCACGCUGCCAUUGCACCAGCAGAACACGCCCACGCCACCCAUACAGCAACUAUUGCUACCGUAAACAACGCAGAGCCCCAGGCCUCGCAGGAGUCAGUCCAGUCUGCUGUGUCUAGCACCUUCUCGGCACCGGCACUUCCCUCCUCGUCGAGCAACCUAUCCACGGCCACCACUACCGAGACCGACCUCACGACCCCGUCCUCGACCAAUGUAGCGAGCCAAAGUAAACCUACCGAGGCCCCAAUGCCGGAAUCGUCAAGUCAGAGUACUGGUGGGCAGGUGCGAGCGGCACCACGCAUCGAUACCGCUGCUGCCAACGCGCUCCAGACUGGUGACACAGCAGCUGGUCCCAUGCCGCUAGAGUCUCCAGCAAAGAGCUCCAAGAGGACUGUAGAUGGAUCUCUCAAGAGCGCUGGGCUAGCGCCUGAAACUCCAUCGGCGCCCACCCAUUCACACAAGAGGAACAAGAGCAUGGAUACACACUCAGGUCGCAUUGGAGAGCUAUCCGCACAGCUAAAGACGCGUCUUUCCUACGCCAUGGUCAAAGUCCAGAACGGCUGGGAGAAGCAGUCGCUCGACGAGUUGGAAGAAAGCCAGUCACAGCGUGGUUCGCCCAACUCUGCUCCUGGGAGGACUGACCAUCUAGCAUUCGAAUCCCCUGCUACCGUCGAUCGACAAAGAAGACCGAGCGGCGUCUCUGACAUCUCAGACCAGAUGAUCAUGUCCCCGGCUUCUGAUCCGACCCGGUCACUUGCAGGGACUCCAGCUUCCUACUGGCGACCAGGUACCCGCCCUGCUAUGAACGCCGCGGCAAACCUCAUAUCCAUCACUGGCGCACAACACGGCUAUGGCCUCGCACCAGCCCCAACCUUCCAGAGUGGGCGAAGACGACGCUCCAGCGUCUCGCAUGUGCCCCCUCCGCUUCUCGGCGCCAGCCAAAGGAAGCACUACAGUGAUGUUGGCGCAGGUCCACGAUCACCAGCUACUCCUCGAGCAGGCAUCCUCCGCAUGCCCAGCCAACAAGCCGAGAAGGAUGCCGUCGAUACACUGCUCUUCAUGAGCAGUCCCAACAAUUCACAGCGCUUCCCAGCCGGCGGUCAACCAGCACCAAGUCCACUCCGAGCCGAAGCACCGCAACGACGCGUCAUGUUCGAAGCAUACCCACCACAAGACAAACGCGCCAUGUACCAGCCAUCGAUGCCCGCACCGCCCCACCACCACCAACACGGACCGUACCCCGCGUACCCAGCGAGAUAA